AUGGUGAUAGUAGCUGAGAGGAAACCAGAGUUCUUCCAGAUGUCACAUCCUUUGUACGAGGUUGUGACUGGAGAGGGAGGUUUGUACUCAGGAGGAAGUGCACAGAUGAUAGAGAGUUCACUAAAUGUUCAUGGCGAUGAGAUUUUGUAUGUUGGUGACCACAUCUACACUGAUGUAAGCGUGUCCAAAGUCCAUCUCAGGUGGCGAACUGCACUGAUCUGCCGUGAACUGGAAGAAGAGUAUAUGGCUUUGAUUGGUUGCCGCGGUCACCGAGAAUCUCUAAAUCAAAAAGAGGUUGUUGGGGGUCUCUUUAACCAGCUUCGGCUUGCUCUUCAAAGAAGACACAAAGGCCUUCCUGCUCAGACCUUAGCUGCUACCAACUUGGCUGAUCAAGAACUGGCAGAGACCAUGCAGAAGCUUCUCAUUGUAAUGCAAAGACUAGAUAAUAAGAUUUGUCUAAUGCUUGUAUCAGACGGCGAGCUCUUCAACAAAAGGUGGGGCUUCCUUUCACGUUCUGGGUUGUGGGACAAAAGCCACUUGAUGAGACAAAUCGAAAAGUAUGCUGAUAUAUACACAUCAAGAGUCUCCAACUUCCUCAACGACACACCCUUCAUGUAUUUCCGCUCGCUGGAGCAGCCACUGGCUCAUGAUUCUCCGCUUCCUGAUGCGACUAUGAAAAAUUAG